UUGACUGACAUGUUUGAUUUUUCUUCAGAUUAACACUAUAGCCCCACAAUGUCCCUGAAACCACGCGUAGUUGACUUUGAUGAAACAUGGAACAAACUGCUAACAACCAUUAAAGCUGUUGUUAUGUUGGAUUAUGUUGAGAGAGCAACAUGGAAUGACCGCUUCUCAGACAUUUAUGCUUUGUGUGUGGCCUAUCCUGAACCUCUUGGAGAGAGGCUUUAUACUGAGACUAAAAUUUUUUUGGAAAAUCAUGUUCGCCAUUUGCACAAGAGAGUUCUGGAAUCUGAAGAACAAGUCCUGGUUAUGUAUCACAGAUACUGGGAAGAAUACAGCAAAGGAGCAGACUAUAUGGACUGUUUGUACAGGUACCUCAACACACAGUUUAUUAAGAAGAACAAAUUGACUGAAGCUGAUCUUCAGUAUGGCUAUGGAGGGGUGGAUAUGAAUGAACCACUGAUGGAAAUAGGAGAGCUAGCCCUUGAUAUGUGGAGAAAACUAAUGAUUGAACCACUGCAGGCUAUCCUCAUUCGAAUGCUCCUCCGGGAAAUAAAAAAUGACCGCUGUGGAGAAGACCCAAACCAGAAAGUAAUCCAUGGGGUUAUUAACUCCUUUGUUCAUGUUGAACAGUAUAAGAAAAAGUUCCCCCUAAAGUUUUAUCAGGAAAUUUUUGAGUGUCCUUUUCUGAAUGAAACAGGGGAGUAUUAUAAACAAGAAGCUUCAAAUUUAUUGCAAGAGUCAAAUUGCUCACAAUACAUGGAGAAGGUUUUAGGUAGAUUAAAAGAUGAAGAAAUGCGAUGUCGGAAGUACCUSCAUCCCAGUUCCUAUGGCAAAGUGAUUCACGAAUGCCAACAGAGGAUGGUAGCUGAUCACUUGCAGUUUCUACAUGCAGAAUGUCACAAUAUUAUCAGACAAGAGAAAAGAAGUGACAUGGCAAAUAUGUAUACUCUACUUCGUGCUGUGUCAAGUGGUUUACCUCAUAUGAUUCAGGAACUACAAAACCAUAUCCAUGAUGAGGGCCUUAGAGCAACCAGCAAUCUUUCUCAGGAAAAUAUGCCAACUCAGUUUGUGGAGUCAGUUUUGGAAGUACAUAGUAAAUUUGUUCAGCUUAUCAACACUGUUUUGAAUGGUGAUCAGCACUUCAUGAGUGCCCUUGACAAGGCUCUGACAUCAGUAGUUAACUACAGGGAACCCAAGUCAAUCUGCAAAGCACCUGAGUUGCUGGCCAAGUACUGUGACAACUUGCUGAAGAAGUCAGCGAAAGGAAUGACAGAGAAUGAAGUAGAGGACAAACUCACUAGUUUCAUUACUGUCUUCAAAUACAUUGAUGACAAAGAUGUAUUCCAAAAGUUCUAUGCCCGAAUGCUGGCAAAAAGACUAAUUCAUGGUUUGUCUAUGUCUAUGGACUCCGAAGAAGCCAUGAUUAAUAAACUAAAGCAAGCCUGUGGUUAUGAAUUUACCAGCAAGCUCCACCGAAUGUACACAGACAUGAGCGUCAGUGCUGAUCUCAACAAUAAAUUCAACAACUUCAUCAAAAACCAAGACACAAUUAUAGAUUUGGGAAUUAGUUUUCAGAUAUAUGUUCUACAGGCUGGUGCGUGGCCUCUAACUCAGACUCCUUCCUCUACAUUUGCAAUUCCUCAGGAACUGGAAAAAAGUGUACAGAUGUUUGAAUUAUUUUACAGUCAGCAUUUUAGUGGAAGGAAGCUCACGUGGUUACAUUAUCUUUGUACAGGUGAAGUAAAAAUGAAUUAUUUGUGCAAACCUUACGUAGCCAUGGUCACCACAUACCAAAUGGCAGUGUUACUUGCCUUCAACAACAGUGAAACUGUCAGUUACAAGGAGCUUCAGGACAGCACACAGAUGAAUGAGAAGGAACUGACAAAAACCAUCAAAUCUUUACUUGAUGUCAAAAUGAUCAACCAUGACUCGGACAAGGAAGAAAUAGAAGCAGAGUCUACAUUUUCAUUAAAUAUGAACUUCAGCAGUAAACGAACAAAAUUCAAAAUUACAACAUCAAUGCAGAAGGACACACCACAGGAGAUGGAGCAGACCAGAAGUGCUGUAGAUGAAGACAGAAAAAUGUAUCUACAAGCUGCUAUAGUCCGUAUCAUGAAAGCACGUAAAGUGUUGAGACAUAAUGCCCUUAUUCAGGAGGUAAUUAGCCAAUCAAGAGCCCGGUUUAACCCCAGCAUCAGCAUGAUCAAGAAGUGCAUCGAGGUUCUCAUCGACAAGCAGUACAUCGAGCGCAGCCAGGCGUCGGCGGACGAGUACAGCUACGUGGCGUGACGCUGCGGCCGCGGGGACGCAGCCCGGGAGCCCGCGGGCGGCCGCCGCGCGCCCCUGUGCGAGGAGGCCGCCCGCCGCCUCCCUCAUCGGUCACUUGGCAGCCCCUGUUUUUCUGCUGUUUACAACAUCACCAGUGCCAUGUCAUGAGCGUCAAUGGAAAUGCCUAUAGAUAUUUCAAGCUCAUG